UAUUAUUAUCACAAUCUAUUGACUAAUUAAAGUGAAAUUGAUUUGCAAAUAUUUAUCGAAUGGUCUCGUACAGACAUCUGAAAAUAUAUAUUUUAAAAAGGCACAAUUAACACAUGUGUUUACGAUUGUUGACUAAUAUGAUUAUCAUAAUGUUCAAAAUGAAAUUCAGUGCCUUUAUAGUGUUUCUUAUAGUUUUGACAUAUUCAAAUGCCAGCGCGAUGCGCAAUCGCGAACAUUAUAAAGCUUUAAUUCCUAAUAAUGAUGUUGGAAGACAUGAAAUGUUAAAAGAAUUAUUAAGUGAAUAUGAUAUAGAUCCAAGUGAGCUAAUAGCUAGUGAUUAUAUGAAUUCAAAUAGUGAUGAAGAGGAAGGACUUGAGCCGUUCAAUAGUUUGCCAAUAAUUCAGCCUGCUGAUUCAAAUAUAGAAAGAAAUGAUGAUUCUAGGGAAAGAACCGUUACAACCAGAAGACCUUCAACAACCACAACGUCAACUACCAAAAAACCAGCAACUACAACAACCAAAAAACCAACAACUGCAGCCCACAGAUCGGAUGGCUCAUCUGAAGGAAAGCCUUCAAAAACUUCAGUAUCAAGUACCACGUUAUCACCUUCCUUAUCAACUACUCAAAACAUGAAAGAAGACACAACAGAAAGUACAUUAUUUACGUUAUCUACAACAACUACGUCGCAUCCGUUCCCAUCAAAUCCGUCAUAUAACGCUGAUUGUUUAUUGGGUAAAGUUAGUGAAAUAUUGCAAUGGGUUGAUGUGAAUGGGGUGCUGCUGAAACAUUUUAUAUUGAGUAAUGAGGAUAUGAAGGAUUUGGAAUUUUUGGAUAAGUCAAAUACAACAGAUACAAAAUAUUUGGAUCUUGGAGAGAACGUUGGUAUACUCUCAUUAGCGUUCAACAAUUUAAAACAAAUCCCAGCACAUGUUAUUGACAAUUCAUACUUUUCACUUCAAUACUUAUCACUGACUGGAAAUGAUUUUAAAGAUUUAUCAACACCUUUAAAUCUACCAAACUUAAAGGAUCUAGAUUUAAGGAACUGCCAAUUAAAAUUAAUCAAAAGAAAUUUAUUGGAAAACCUUAAAAAAUUGGAAUAUCUUUAUCUGUCAAACAACAACAUUGCAAGUCUUGAUGACGAAUCAUUCCAUUUGCCAUCCUUAAUCCAUUUAGACUUGUCAUUUAAUCAAGAGAAAACUCAAGAUGGAGUGCUGCCAAAUCCAUUAAAAAUGACACCUAAAGUGUUUGAGAAAUUGAUAAAUUUACAGUUUUUGGAUUUUUCACAUACCAAGAUUGAAGUUCGAGCUAUUCCAUCAUUGGAUUCUCUUUCUCAUACCUUAAUAGGAAUAAGUCUAUGCUACACGGAACUUCAAACAACUGGAGACAAUUUCUUGUCAAAUUUAACAAAUUUGAAAUUUUUGGAUGUGUCUGGAAAUACUCAAUUAAAUCUAUCCAAAAGUAUGUUUCACACAAUAUCAACAACACUUGAGCGACUUGAUGUUCGUGAUGCAAAUGUUGAAAAAUUAGAAUGGACGAAUCCUUUGACAAAUUUAAGAGUUUUGAAUUUAAACGACAAUAAAAUCCGAUAUUUGGACAACAAUUCAUUUUCUCACAUGUUGUACUUAAAGGAUUUAAAUCUAGAGAAAAAUUCACUGGGAAACUGGUACUCGAGAUUGUUUACACAAAAUCAAGAGUUAGAAACUUUAAAUCUACGAGAAAAUGCGAUUCAAAUGCUUACAACAGACAUGAUUCAAGAUUUACUCAGCGUACGACAUCUGGCAAUUGGAAAGAAUAAAUUUGAAUGUAGUUGUAGUUUAUAUAAUUUUAUGCUCAUUCUAUUUGAGUCAACGAAGAAUGCCGAUAUGGCGCAAUUGCAAGACAGAUUUAAUUUUGACUACUCAGAUGUUGAAUCUCGAACAACUCCACAUGCUGUUUCGAUUGGUAUGAGAAGUAAUUUGCGGCCAGAAUAUGAUAUAAUUUCGAGGACUUACCAAAAGUUUUAUGAUCAAAUAUUGAGAAGUAUUGAGGCACUUAAUAAGCACAAUUAUAUUAGAAAGUCACGACUCCUUUCACUGUCGGAUGUAAAAAGGCUUAAUGAUUUACCAUUUCAUACGAUUCUGUUUGAUUAUGAUGAGAAUAAUGAAGAUUAUCAGUGCAUGAAUGUGACGGAAAAGCAAAAACAAUCAAUGCUUGACUUAAUUGACUUUUGUGAUGAUGCAAAUUUUUCUGAAAAGGAUCCACCGUAUAGUGGCGUAGAUGAUUUCUUCAUAAUAACACUUUCAACUUCCUUAAGUCUGGUGAUAAUAUUCUUCAUUUUAUUGUGCAUUAUUUAUUGGAAGUGGUGGUAUAUCCGGUACUUUUGUAUCCUUUGCAAAAACUCGGCAAUUUUGAGCUUCAUGAUUGAUGAUAAUGAUGAUGGAAAGGAAACAAUUGUUAGAAGAACAAGCACAUCAUCCAUUGAUCUCUUCCUUUAUGAUGUGUUUGUAAGCUAUUCUGACUAUAAUCGCCCGUGGGUUUUAGACGAGUUCAUUCCAAAUAUUGAGAAACGAGAAUCCAUUAAUGUUUGUUUACAUGAACGAGAUUUUACCGUUGGAUAUGGCAUAUUGGAGAAUAUUAUAUCAUGUAUGGAUAGAUCAAGAGUUCUUCUGCUGCUAAUAUCUGAGAAAUUCUUAGAAAGUCAAUGGUGUCAAUUUGAAAUGAAUUUAGCACAACAUCGACUGCUUGAAACGAGGAAAGAGAAGUUAAUUGUAGUUCUACUCGAGGACAUUCCACCAAAAAAUCAACCAAAGACAUUGAGAUACUUAAUGAGAACCAAAACAUACAUUAAAUGGCCAGAAAACGGCUCAAAUGACGAGAAACAGCUUUUUUGGAAGCGAUUGAAAAAAUCAAUAAUUUCAACAAAAUGGGAACAUGAGAAUUAUGGAAGCACGGCAUGAUUUUGCGGUUAGUCAUACAUCUCAAAUACUUUGGUACAAAAAUUCGAUAAUUAAUAGAACUUACAAAAGGUUUAGCACAGUGACAAGUGAUAUUUAAUUUAAUUAUUCUUAAUAUUUAAGCUACUCUUACUUUUAAUCUUAAAAAAUAACUUUAUUUUUAUCCUCCAACAUUUUUGUACUUAAUGAUUUGUUUCUGGAAGGCAUAUGGUUGUGUAUGAUGAGCUGUGUUCAAUAAAAGAAAAAGAUUGGAA